CAACGCUAGCAACGAGCUUCUGCCACAUGACAACAAGAACCAGCAUGGCGGUGGAAGCGUCAAUAAGGCGAGUAGAUGAGCUUGCCCGGCCCAAACCGAUGGCAGCCGGCUUCGUUGAAGACAGGCGUUCUGUAUAUUGGAUAGACAGAUGGCCACCUGGUCCAGGACCUAAUGGGACCACAGUUUGUGUUUUGACUCCACGACAAAUGCAGCUAGUCCUACACAGGAAUGUGAACCCUGGAUGGAAGGGAGACAGACCAACACCCAUUUGGCAAGUCAGCAAAGGGGCACAAAAGGCAGAAGCAUCAGAACGCAUAGAGGUCUUAGCCAUGGAUCGCAAAGUGAAUCCAAAUUACUCCUUCGAUCGCUCUCCGUAUACUGUGGUUCCAGAACCAGCCAAGAAACGAGAACCAACAGACAGAUUAGAACAGCUUGCCCAGCCAAAACCAUACAAAAAUGUGAACACUAUAGAAUACGAAGGAUUUGAUUGGACAAAAGUCAUUUGGCCAAGCCGAGUUUCUGCGGCCGCCAUGAAGGCAAAUGCUACACCACGAUUGGAGGUUUUGGCUGAGGCUAAAAACCCCCACCCGAAGUUCGUUGGCGAAAAGCCUGUUCAGUGGCCCGUUUUACAAGACACUUUGAAAGCCUCGGCAUCUGCACGCGUGCAGCAGUUGGCACGGCCGAAGAGUCGCACGAGGAUUGUUGAUGAUUACGAUCCUUAUAAAGUCUCCAAUGGGGCCAAAAAGGCACAUGCCACUCCGAGAGUUUGUGAGCUGUCUUUACCAAUUCCUCGAAAGAUCAGAGAAAAGAAACUGGUCUAA